AUGUUGUUUCUUGCUUUAUUUAUUUUAUGUCUAACGGCAAACUCAGAUUCCACAAAAUUUACUUUAUCUGUGAUUCCGGCCAAUCAACCAGUACUUAUUGGUCAAAAAGUGAUUCUGAUAUGUCAGGUGCAAGGAAUACCAUUUCCUAUGCAAUAUGCAGUUUUGUUUAAGCGUAAGGAUAAGCUGAUCUCAGAGAAAUGUCAUGUCUAUGAAGAACAAAAAUAUCAUCUUGUCUGUGAACCGAAUGAUUGGCAAAGAGCACAUACUUAUGAAUUGCAUAUUAAGUCUGUUUCUUGGGCAGAUCGAGGUGAUUGGUUGUGUAUUUAUGCAGCAAAUAUGACUAGACAAUCUCUUGAAGUAUAUGCACCGGCGAAACUAGAAAAGAUGGGAGUGUCAAGUUUAGCCUUACCUAUGGCUAGUGGUAAAGAAAGUAUUGUAAAAGAAUUUGGUUUACCUCCUGGAAUAUCAUCUCCAUCAGCUGGAUCACACUCUGCUUCUUCGUCCUCUUCUCCGUCUUCUUCAUCAUUAUCUUUGGCUAUAGCGGGAUGGACUCAACUUUGGACUCGUACAAAUCCGUAUGAUUUGCGUCCAGGUUUAGGAAUACAACUUACCUGUGAAACAACCUGUGGACAUCCUCGUGCCAAUAUAACCUGGCUAGUUACAAAUGAGACAAUGACUAAAGGAAUUUCACCUACAACUGCAAAUACAAUAAGUUAUGAUCGAUGUAACAGUUCAUUGAAUACAAUUCAUAUGACAACAACUAUAUCACAUUUACAAGUUCACUGUUCACAAUUAGAUAUUAUUGGUCUAAAUCAAAUUCAAUGUUCAGUUAGCGGACCACAAUACAAAGAUAUCUUGUUAACAAGACAUGUUUAUAUAUUAUGUCCUGGCGGUGAAAGACCAAUGCGUUUAACAAGCGGUGAAGUUGUCUGUAUAGCUGUGGGCUCUGCAUUAGCCUUAAUUCUUAUAUUCAUUGGUUGUAUUGUCCUGCGAAAUAAUGGAAAGUCGUCAUCAUUAUCAUCACCGUUAUCAUUUCAUGGUCAUAUACCUGGUCAACGUGUUUAA